AAAAAACUGAAGGUUGAAUCCAAUACCCGUUUCAAUAAGAUACACAAUAAACCCAUGAAAACCCCCGAUGAAUCUUCUUCCUAUGUUACUGAUCUUUCUCCUCUUUUCGUUGCCGAAGCAUCGUGUGUAUAACAGGAAGUCACAUACCGCGUUUCCUUUGCUCCCAUGCCAAGGUAAGACGUGGCAACCCCAACGGCGUCUGCCAAGCACGAACCACACGGGUUGGCGAGAAGGUUUGGCACCUCCCAGGCGACAGGAGGGUCAAAUAACUCUGAAUACCAUUCCUUGAGCAUCUCUGGUAGAUAGCUAUUGCAGAUAAUGAUAUUAGCGCAAGAAGUUUAGCAGAGGCUAUGUGACGGCCUCGAGUGUGCGAAGAUUCAAUUGUCUGCGCAGGGGCUAACUUAAUAAGAGAUAACCCCUAGCUAU